AUGACGGAGAUGAAAAAUGGAGAAGAUUUACCGCCAACUUCUCGUAAAGCGCAGUCAUUAUUUGAGCUAACGCAAACCAUGUUCGCUUUUUUCUUUUCAUAUUUUGCGAGCGCGCAAGAUACCCUUUUACGCGACUUCAACCAAUACCGAAAUGCUCUAUACAAAUCUUUGGUGCGAGGAUCCACUAAAGGCCGUUCUCUGUUAAAGAAGGCGAUCCUUUUUAACGGGGUGCUGUUUUCAUUGUCCUUCAUCGUGCUGGUGCUACUGAUAGGGUGCCUAUUGUCUGCGAUGGGCACUACCAUUGCAUUUCGAUAUUACAUGCUACGGCACGUUGCCGGCAGCCACGUGAUCCCGCUUGACUUUAACACCAUGCCUUUUUACACGGAGUGGUGGCGCAACCAACCCAUCGACGAUGCCGCAUUUACCCAUCUUUCCCUAUUAGCACAGGAGCGACCACCGGUUGGCUCGCGUCUUGAGGGAAAUCAAAGCGGACGCAUGACCCCGUAUUCCUCGGAAGGUGUAGAGUUGGCGUAUGCCGACAUGAAAUUAUCCAUUUUAAAUAGGUAUAGAAACAGCGUCUUAGCCACAAGUACCAUGGUUCUCUCAUCGGGGCUCACCGAAAAGGUUUUUUUGCAUGGCGGUGACGUUAAUUUAGAGGCGAUCUUCCAGUUAGGAUCGCCAAUAUUCAAUGCCAAGGCAGAGUACUUUGGAAAAAUGCAGUUUGUCUUUCUACGUGAGGAUGUGGGACGUGAUGUCACUCUCAUGGUGGAGAACACCAUGCUGCUUGCGGAGGAUGCGGACCUUCCUCAACCCUUGGCUACACUUGAUGUGGUUUUUCGGAAAUAUGUAUCCCUAAAUGUACGUACAGGUGAUCCACUGCUAUGGUGGCCUAUAAGGAUCGCCAAAUAUAUAUUUCAAAUCCUUUUUUAUAUUCCCUUAAAGGGAUUUCAAAUAAUUCAGCGUUUGUAUAUCGAUUCCAACACCGCACCUUUUCCCAAAAUUGAUCAUGACCGUGAGGUGGCUGUCACUGUCAACCUCUACAAUCGCUUUGCGCCGCCCUUGUCGCUGCAGAGUCGUCUGCGCGCAAUGAAUGUUACCGUCUAUCAAAACCAUGAUGGAGACUCAUCCGUCUCCUUAAAACGAGCUAAAUUGUUGCGCAUGACCUUUUAUUCUUUCCUGGAUCUCCACGGUGUAGUUGGUUGGUUGGUACACCACCCUGUAAUUAGCUUUGUAUUCCUGACGAUGUUUACAUUUGCCGUUUUCUCUAGCGUGACAUUUAUUGUGUGCACGGUCCUGGUAGUGAUGUUGUACCGAAAAGUCAAGUCUAGGACACCCGAAACAGGGCACGCUAUAGAUUUGAAUCCUUCCAUGACUCGGAGUCUGAAGCAACCCAUAGAGCGAUCACAUCACUCGAAGCUUCGUGCCAGGACUAGUGAAAAUCGAUCCUUAAGUACGGCUCCACCCGAAAUGGAUGAAUUUCGGCGCUUUGUAUGGUCGUACUACUCUUCCAAUUCGUCCGAUUCCGCUGAGGAGGAGCCGGCGGGGGGUCCGAUCUCGAAGCACCGCAAGGACCGGUGA